AUGGGUUCCCAGAUAUGGCCUACGCCGGUUGCAGAGUCGAACCAGGCAAGCCAAGCAAAGCCAGCAGAUCUGAAGCGCGCGCCUUCGAAUGAUGUCUCUGAACAACCUGAAGAAUCGAGCACGCCAAGUCCGGAUCAAGAACCAGUUGUGGGCGUCUUUGCUGCUAUCGGCAAGCUGAUCCCUUACUUUCGCAGCCCCCGCAAUGUCUUGGUCUUCAAGCUCGACGUCUUCCUCCUGGCAUGGAUGUUCUUGGCAGGAAUUAUGAAGGAGAUGGACCAGUCAGCAACCACCCAAGCAUACGUCUCCGGAAUGCGGGAGGAUCUUAAACUGGGAGGGAACGAGUUGGUCGAGUUCAACACUUAUUUCUCUAUUGGUUAUGCGCUGGGUCUGGUUCCAGGCCAGUUGAUCCAGACGCGGUUGCGGCCCAGUCUGUUCCUGCCGGUCUGCGAGAUCGUCUGGGGUGCGUUGGUUUUGUUUACGUACAAAGCCCCCAACGCCCAAACGAUUUUUGGACUCCGAUUCUUCCUCGGCCUCUUCGCGUCUGCCUUUUGGCCUUCAGUCGUGGCUCUUAUUUUCAACUGGUACACCCCUGCCGAGCUCGCGCUGCGUGUUGCAUGCUUCACUGUCUGUGACGUUGCCGGCGCCAUGUUCCUCGGUGCGCUACAGGCCGCUCUUUACCGGAACAUGAAUGGAGUGCACGGCCUCGCGGGCUGGCAGUGGCUAUUUAUCAUUUCUGGCGCCGUCACCAUGGGACAGGGGCUCAUUGCGUUCGUCACGGUGCCUGACAGCCCGGAGACGACCAGAGCUCUGUGGCUGACGGAGCCCGAGAAGCGGCUUGCGCGGCACAGGAUGGGCGAGUUUGGCGUCAAUACUUCCAAGCGCAUCCCGCCCAAGGUCCUAAAGAAGAAGCUCCGACAGCUGAUCGUGCACCCGGUGACUUGGUUUUUCCUGUUCGCCUUUGCCCUCAACGCAUGGGCACACCGCGGCACUAGCUACUUUGUCCUGUACCUGGAGAGCAUCAAGGACGCGGCCGGCAACCGCGUAUACGACACGUUUCACGUCAACAUCCUGCCGCUGGGCGGUUACGCGCUCCAGAUCGUCACAAACCUGACGCUCAACUUCAUAUCAGACAAGUUCGAAUGCCGCUGGCAAGUGAGCAUCUUCUCCGCGGUCGCCAACGGCAUCUGCCUAGCUGUUUUGAGCGCCUGGCCCGCCAACACGUCUGUCAUCCUGGCCUUUUACUUCCUCAGCUAUGGGACCAACGCCGGCGGGCCCAGCUUGAUGGCCUGGAUGGCCGAAAUCUUGAGGAAGGAGCCCGAGGCGAGGUCCAUCAUUGUCGCCAUGACGGUCAUGAUCGUCUACGUGGGUCAUGCAACCAUCCCGCUGGGCGCGUUCCGCGUUGCGGACGCUCCUAGGUACCCUAUUGGUUUCCCACUUGUUACUGCAUUUACGGCCGCGAGCAUUCUGGUGCAGCUAGGACUUUUGUGGUGGCAUCGGCAGAACAAAGAGGUUGCAGAGACUGGGUAUGGUGGCAGCGACGAUGCUGAGAGGAAUGAAGAUGAGGAGGCGAGGUAA